CCCACAACACUCUUCUCUAUCCUGCUGCUCCAGGUGCCCAUGUGGGGCUCAGAUUCUUUUGAAGUGAGUGGCCCCUCAGAACCCAUUGUGGCUAUGCUGGGCACAGAAGCUCUGCUGCCCUGUUAUGUGACCGCAACCGUGGAUAUGAAGAAUGUGGAACUGCGAUGGUUCCGCACCCAAUACACAGAGGUUGUGUAUGUGUAUCAGGAUGGGAUGGAGCAGGCGCAAGAGCAGCUAGUGGAUUACAAAGGACGAGUAGAGCUGCUGAAGGAUCAGAACCCACAGGGGAGAGUGGCUGUGAGAAUCCGCAGGCUCCGGGUCUCAGACAAUGGGAUGUACAAGUGUUUCUUUAAACAAGAUGACAACUCUGGUAAAGCCACUUUGGAGCUCAAGGUCAUAAGUCUUGGUUCUGGUCCUCGCAUCGUCAUUGUGGGUCCAGAAGAUGAAGGCACAAGGCUGUCGUGCACUGGCAAGGGGUGGUUUCCCCAGCCUGAAGUACAAUGGAAGGAUGAAAGUGGAGAGAAGAUUGCAUCUGUGUCUGAGAACAAGACCCAAGGUGAUGACGGGUUGUUCCAGAUAGAGAUGUUCCUCAUUGUGAGAGACAGAACAAAGGGAAAAGUGUCCUGCUGCAUGAAGAACCACUUCCUUCUACAGGAGCAAGUGGCCACAGUAUCUGUCCCAGAGCCCUUUGUCCCUAGGACCUCCCCUUGGAUGGCAACAUUUGUUAUGACUUUCAUCAAUACUCUGAUUUUGCUGAGUGCUGCUGCUGUGCUUUUUGCUUGGUACAAAAAGCAAGAAAAGAAAAUGAGGGAGACCAAGGAUGAAAAGGAGAAAGAAAGAAUUGAUAAAGGUGCACUGUGA